UUAAAAAUAUUUAACCUACAGAGGUCUUUUUCACUUUUGAACUGUGACACAUUUUGUCUAUGAUGUUACGAAAACGUAUAUCGCAAAUAUUCGCGAUAGAUCCCCAGAUUCUCUCCAAUAUCUCUCUAACGACAUAACGUAAUUGGAAUAAGCAAAGGAGUAUGCACAUGCGCGACGGAUCAAUAAACACAUAUUGGGACACGUAAAUCCAAACCCAGCGAUUUUAGUCUAAGCGAGUUACUUGAUUCAAUGUAAUAGAGGUUCAUGCAUAGCAUAUCGCCAACAUUUUGUAACUCAGUCAUCGAAACCAGUAGCUCACAACUUGUUUGUCAAGAUUGUGAAAAAAGUCGUUCCGAUUUAUGUUUGUGUACGAAUGGUCUUAGACUCGUGUUUCAAAUUCGCUCCGCUUUCGUAUGUCAUUGUGAACGCGGCGUUACAUCGCCGCCAUUUCGAUUCCGUUCCGUUAGUAUUGUUUCGCAUCGCAAGCCGUCACCGCGUGUUCCGACGCAAUCGAUUAUCAUAUCAUGGAACUCGAGACAAUUAAAAAGUUCAUUAAUAUAAUACGAAGUUUUCCAGAAAUAUAUGCAGUCGGACAAUCAGAUUAUAAGAAUAUGUAUAAAAAAGAAAUUGCUUGGAAGAAAAUUAAAGAAGAAAUGGGGAUGGACAUUAAAAGAUUAAAGGUAAAAUGGAGAAAUCUAAGAGAUACAUAUAUAAAACACAAAAAUUGUCGUCGAUCCGGCAUUAAAGGACCUAAUACUCUGUACAACUGGGUGUGGGCGAAUGAAAUGGCAUUUGUUGAGCCUUAUAUUAAGUUCAGAUCAAGAAAAGUUGCAGCAAAUACUUCUGCUGAUUGUACAGAUUCUGAUGUAAAUGUUAUAUCAGACGAAGAAAAUGAACAGAACGAGACUGAAAAUGUCCAAAGUCCUGAACCAGAAAUGGAAGAGAUUAAAAAACGUCCAUUAAAAAAGAGAAGACACGAAAGCGAAGGGGAUACCAUAGACAAUAUCAUGACAAAUAUAAACACAGAAAUAAACGUAGAAAGAAACGCACCAGAGACAACUGUAGAAGUGCCGUGUGAUAGAAUAGAUAUGGAGUUUCUGGGUUAUGCCAACACAGUUAAGAGAUUGUCUCUGCGUAACCAAGCACUUAUUAAAUUUCAAAUAUCAAAGAUUAUAACACGACAUCAACUCCAAGAAUUGAGUAGUGAUCGUAAAAAUUCUACGUUAAGUAAUUCAUGUAAUGAAUACUGUUAGAAUAUGACAAUCAUAAAAUUAAUAGAUCUAGAACUUUAUACGUGUAAACCAAAGUAUAUAUUUUAUAUAAAAAC